UCCCGAGGCAGGCGCAUAUAACGGUGGCAGGUCCCGUGGCAGCUCCCCCUUCCACAUAUUAAAGAUUUUACUCCUACGGCAGCGCUGCCCAGGCUCUGUCCACCUGUCAGCGCUGUGACACCGGCAACGGUAAAUGGCAGUGAGCCCAGCCCACACAUCAGAGAAGUGUCAGCUCUUAUUUUGAAAAGGGCUUAUUGAGGGGUCGUGACAUCACAUUGAAGCAAUACCCCUGAUUGGCUGACUACACGUGUGGCUCGUAGUCACACACUCUGCGGAAAGAUAGUGCCAAAAAGAUCUGUAGACGUGUGCAGAGGGAUCUGUGAAUGCCCUGUGAUCUGCAAACACAGAUUCAACACUUGCAUGCUGAGCUUUGCACAGAAUGUGUACGAAUGUCUUUUUACAGUGGUUUGAAAAUACAAGUUAGACCUUGUUUGUUUGCAAAUUGUGAGGAGGGCAUUUGUAGAUUUUUUAAUGGAAAAAACAGCGAAACGGCUGUGCCAAAAUUCUGAAAACAAAUGCAACACAAUCGACAAAUAAAAAAUGACCCUCAUGCGCAGACAAAUCACUUUGCAUUCAUUCAAAUUCUGGUUGUCAAGUACAAGUCACUGAUUUCUAUUUGUGAAUCAUGAAGAGUCUGUUUGUGGAUUUUUUAUCUAUUUGUAGAUUUUGUUUUACAUUUGCGGAUCAUGAGGAGUUUGUUUGCAGAUUUGGAAUCUAUUUACAGAUUGUGUUUUACAUUUGCAGAUUUUAAAUUUAUUUGUAGAUCUCGUUUUGUGUUUACAAAUUGUAAUAUGCAUUUUUGACUGAUAGUCUCUUUAUUUUCAAUGAUUAUGGCAUUAUUUUGUCACAACAGGUAAAACAAAAGUGUCAGAAUUCCGAAAACAAAUGUGACACAAUCUACAAACAGAACACGAUCUUCACAUGCAAACAAGUAACUUUACAUUCAUUCAAAUUCUGGUUUUCAAGUACAAGUCACUGAUUUCUAUUUGUGAAUCAGGAUUUGUUUAUUUGUGGAUUUUUAAUCUUUUUGUAGAUUGUGUUUUGUGUUUACAAGUUGUAAUAUCUAUUUGUGAAUUUUAGUCUGUCCAUUUUCAAUGGUUUUGGCAUCAAUUUACCCCCAUACGUAAGUUGCACUUUUUCCGUAAGUUGAAUAUGGAAGGCGUAGGACGUAAUCUUUUUGAAUUAGAGUUUUACACUUUAUUCGUACGUUGAAUACGGAAGGCAGUCUGGCUAGAUAUUUUUGAUAGUCCUCGAAGUUUCCGUAAUUUUUUCCAUUUUAAAAUUAAGCAUAGGCUACCAAAGAGCAGAUAUGUCAUAAAACACACGAGAAUGAGUGUUAGGAUAAUGAAAACCAUAAAUGCAACAUACUGUAUGUGAAACACUGUUAAUAUAUAUAGGCUAUAUAUAUAUAUAUAUAUAUAUAUAUGACUUUGAACUUUAAUGUGUUUCAAUUCGGACACAUGAAUGAACUCUGCUUUAUGAACUCAUACAACCUUUUUACCAUGAUUGUUUGUAUCAUAUUUGUCACUGUUUUAAUUUUAAUAGAAAUAUUAUCUGGUAAACAGUCAAUGCAGCGUCUGAACUUUUAUUUUGGAGUGACGACAUGACGUCAUAAGACUGCGAUCCUGCAUCUGUUGUGAUUCUGCUGAAGAAAGAUGGCGUUUAAAAAAGAGGUGACUGAAGACAUGAAGAUGGAGUUUAUUAAAGAGCAGGAGAGUGAAGAUAUAAAGAUGGUGUUUAUUAAAGAGGAGACUGAAGACUUGUUUAUUAAAGAGGAAGAGACUGAAGACAUAAGGAUUGAAGAAACAUUCAGUGUGAAACAUGAAGAUAUUGAGGAACAAACAGACCUAACGGCACUGAAAGAGGCUAGCCAUGAACUUAAUGAAAAAGAAGAGACAAAUUCUCAGUGUGAGAAUUCACACUGGAGAAAAGCCUUACACCUGUCAAGAGUGUGGAAACGGUUUCAGUCACAAAGUACACCUUGAAAUCCACAUGAGAAUUCACACUGGAGAAAAGCCUUACAACUGCAGACAGUGUGGAAAGAGUUUCAGACAUAAAGGAAGCCUUAUAGCUCACAUCAGAAUUCACGUUAGAGAGAACCCAUUCAAUUGCAAACAGUGUGGAAAGAGUUUCAGUCAAAAAGGAAAACUCAAAAUCCACAUGAGAGUUCACACUGGAGAAAAGCUUCACACCUGCCAACAGUGUGAAAAGAGUUUCAGUCGAAAAGAAGGCCUUAUAGCCCACAUGAGAAUUCACACUGGAGAAAAGCCUUACACCUGCACUCUGUGCGGGAAUGGCUUCACACAGGAAUGUAGCCUCAGGCAACACAUGAGAAUUCACACUGGAGAGAAACCUUUCACCUGCCAACAGUGUGGAAAGAGAUUCAUUCGAAAAGCAAGCCUUACAGCCCACAUGAGAAUCCACACUGGAGAAAAGCUUUACACCUGCCAACAGUGUGGAAAGAGUUUCAUUCGAAAAGAAGGCCUUAUAGCUCACAUGAGCACUCACACUGGAGAAAAGCCUUACACCUGCACUCUAUGCGGGAAUGGCUUCACACAGGAACGAAGCCUCAGGCAACACAUGAGAAUUCACACUGGAGAGAGCCUGUUCACCUGUCAACAGUGCGGAAAGGGUUUCAGUGAGAAAGGAAACCUUAAAGUCCACAUGAGAAUUCACACUGGAGAAAAGCCUUAUACCUGCCAACAGUGUGGAAAGAGUUUCAGUCAAAAACGACACCUUAUAGACCACAUGAGAACUCACACUUGAGAAAAACCUCAUACCUGUCAGCAGUGUGGACAGAGUUUCAGUUGUAAAGGAAACCUUAUAGUACACAUGAGAGUUCACACUGGAGAAAAGCCUUAAGCCUCAUUUACGCUGCACGCGGCUACUGAAGCCGAUACACAGCCACUUUAGUCAAUGCUCGUAUUUAAACCAGCCGUGCUGUGGUGCAUUUCAGAAGUGUCCCAGGCUAUUUUUGAUGGAUUCCAUUGCCUCUUCACUAUAUAUCUAUUCACUAUAUAAAGGAUAUAUAUAUCCUUUUUGAAUGAUUACAUGAGUGAUUACAAUAAUCAAUAUGUAACCUCUUAUUAUUUGAGUGAAAUAUUUCAUAUACAACCAUAGAAUGAUUACGUGGCUGUUGAAAUGUCCCUUUCAGGAGAUCUUCUGAUAUCUGUGUCUUUGUCUGUUCAUUUGGAGACACUCUCAACAUGUGUCCAGCCAUAGAUCCAUGUUUCACUAACACCCUGCACAGCUAGGUCGCAAAAGGUCACUCUAGCUGCUGGACUACAUGACUCUCUCUUAUUUCACAGUGUUAUCCUGUCUCUAUGUACUUCAUCAAAGAAUAAACAUGAAUAUUAUACGUAAUUCUCCUCAGAACUAGAACAUGUUAUCUUAUGUUUUGAGAAACCUUCCUGUUUAUAGUUGGAGCCUGGGCAGACUUCAACCUUGAAGAAGCUGUGUAUCUGUGUAUGUGUGCUAAUAUUCUGUGCAGGUCCUGACAAUUGGCAGUUCGGCUGGAGACUGAGAGAUGCCACUUCAUGACCCAGAGGGACAUCCAGUCCCUAAAUCCAGGGUUCCCUUGUCAGUAUCCUGAUGCAUGGAGAUACGCUUCUUACUAUCGGUCCAUGUGUGGAAGAUUUCUAAUUUUGUCUAUCUUCUCUUAACCAAUCAGUAAUGACGUAGUUAGUAGACUCUGUUAGAGUAUAAUUGGUGUGAAAAUGUGAAUGUACGCAGAGCGGCCUACGAACUCCUUGUGAGACUUGAAGCUGACUUCUGCUGAUGAAACUGCAAACUAUUCUUCAGUAAAAUUUCUUCAAUUGAUUGCAUCUCUGACUCCUGGUCUUUCAUUCGACAUAUCUGGUCAAGGGUCCUAAAACUGUUUAUUCCCAACAGAACCCAUGAAUAUUCACACUGGAGAGAAGACCUUUUACAUG